AUGAAGCCCUUCAAGACCCUUUUCCUUCUGGCCAUGCUAAUGGCUUUGGUGAUUUCUCUUUCAGCAAGUGAUGAAGAACCAAAAGGGAGAAACCGCUUCCUUUCUCAAAAGAAUGAGCGAGUUGUGCUGACAUGUGACAAAGACCCUAACGUAUGCCAUAUUAAAGGUAGCGCAGGAUCUGAUUGCUGCAAGAACAAAUGUGUGAACUUGUCCACAGAUGGCUCCAACUGUGGCAAAUGUGGAAAGAAAUGCAGCUAUGGAAAGAUAUGCUGCCAAGGUAAGUGCGUGAAUCCUCGGACUAACGAGAAGCACUGCGGGAAAUGUGGCAACAAGUGCAACGCAGAAAGUUCAUGUAUCUAUGGGAUGUGCAGCUAUGCUUAG